AUGAUAAACUCAGAUUUAUGUGGUGAGCCGGCAACGUCGCAUGUGUCACCAUAAAUAACACACAAUGGCAUUAUAAAAUCUUCGAUAUAGCAUUAACCCCUCUAUAAAAUUGUAUGACAAACUCCGAUUUAUGUGAGGAUCCGGCAACGUCGCAUGUCUAGCUACCGCACUUACAAAAAAUGGCGUUGACACUUGAUCUAUCUCAACCGUGUUCGCCUAAGGAUGCACCUUCUAUCUUCAGUGUAAAUGUUUUAUGAUUUGACAGGAAUGAAAAUUAUUCUUACCUUAUUUAAAUCUGCUGACGAUUAUAGAGAUAUUGCAUAUGACCUAAAUAGGGUAUGCAUUAUUUAG